UAAAUUGGAUUCAAAGCACAUCACCGGCCACACAUCCUCCUCAUAUUUAGUCCUACUGCUGUGAAACAAAGGCCGGCAUUUAAUGACGUGACGUCGUCUCACCUGAAGGCGGGGACAACUGUUUUUUCUUCAUUUCCAUACUCAUUUUGGGACGCAGACGGUCGGCAGGAGUUUUCUUUUUCCGACUCCUUCGAGGAGAACAAACAUGGCGGAUGUUUUGAAGUCGCUGGUGACUCAAAGUUGUUUCAGCGUUUUACAGGACAGACUGGACAGAUGGCAAAGAGAGUAUCAUGUCAUCUCCUGUGACGAGAACAUGAAUCGGUGCUGUGAGAUGAUAGAAUUUACAGCCCAAAUCCAAGGACAACUUUUUGCUGUCCUUAACGCUGUAGCUGCUGAAGGUAAUCACACGGAGGGAGUGUCCACUCUCAAAACACGCCUGCUUCCAUGGCUGGGGGCUUGUUUUUCCUCAUCUACCACUGCCUGUAAAGACGGCGGUUAUCGGUUCCCGGUGACAUCCCCUACUAAAAAUUUGUCAGAGAGAGAUCGUAAGAUGACAGAGUCAAACACUGGCGACCUGAGCGACUUGCAAUGGAUGGAAUCACAGCUGUGCUCCACUCGACUGCAGCUGGACCUGGUCAAAGCUGAGCUGGAUGAUGCUCACAGGGAUCUGAACAAGACCAAGAACCAAACAGCCAACACUUUGAUGGCCACCGAGGAUGAACUACUACAACUAAAAGAAGAUCUGAGAGCAGCUCACUUACAAAAUGAGCUCUACAAGUCCAAACUGGAAUCUUAUAACGAUUUCGAGCGUCAGAUGUCCAGGUUGAAGGGCGAAGUGUCGUAUCUGAGCUCACAGAGGCUGGGCAGGAGCAGUAUGGAGAGGUCUCAAUCAGGUGUCUGUGGCGCCUCCACGCGUUCACAGUUUACCGCUUCCUCCCGCUUGCUGCGUGUGGUGUCUCGCUUCCAUGAACUGUACAAUGUGGAGCGCAAAGAGGCACAGUUGCAACUUCAGGGCUACUUGAACGACUUGGAGACAGUCCAGAGAAUCAUAUUCAUCGCCGUGGUGGAGUCCUUUAAGGCAGCGAAACUGGCUUACCGCCUUUUCAAGCUGCGUGCUCGCAAGACUCUCGCCUCUUGUCACUUGGGGCCUGAAAGUCUGGAAGACACCGUGAUGGACUACAUCGUCCGAAACCAGGACCUGUACGAUGUGCAAAACAGUGUCGACGAAGUACUCAGCACCAUGAACCUUAACCCUCGCAUUGCCUCCAUCCCAAAAGUCAAUUUUGCUGUGGCCUCUCCCUUGAUUAGGGAGGCGUGCAAGCUGGCCUUCACCAUGCAGACGUUGGACCCGCCCAUUGAUUUGGCCUUCGCGAGCAAUGGGGAACUUUACAUCAGCAACAAAUACCGUCGCAGCCCCGACUCAGACGCCUCGGCCCAGCUAGUAUUGUACCACGUAUGGCCCGCUCUGAUGCAGGGCGGUACUGUCCGCGCUAAGGGCGAAGUCGUGACCAAGAAAGGGGCCGUGUGGACCAGAAGUCCAUUCAGCUUCGUACGCUCCCGCUCUUUGAGUCCAGCUCGCAAUCUCUCAUUUAAUGAUGAGACAAACAUAUGUCCGGACCCCCUGUCCACCAGCUGCUUAUGAGGUCCUAACAGCACUACAACGGGAAGUAAUUCCACAAAAUGAAUACAAGAAUACAAACUGAACUGGACUUAUUAUGCCGGCGCAGCAAAAUGCCUGCUGCAAUUGAAAUGUGUAUGUGACAAGAGGUUUAAAAAAAAUUGGGCAGCUACAUGAACAACUUCUACUUGGUGCUAAGUCGUCUAAAUGUUUUUCCUUAAAAUGUUCUGCUUUGUUGGGAUAGGGUUAGUGCUUCACAGUUUGUAACAAUCUGACGGUGACUUAAACAGCUGGUGUAAAAAUUUGCAUCCUUUUUUUCCUGACAUGUAGGCGUAACAAAGGCGUAGAGAAAUAUUGAAUAACUAAAUGAUCAUAUUUGGUAGCUAUUUUUCAAGACUAUUUUCUUGAAUGUAUGACUUUUACAGCACUUGUUUGUGCGCUUUGUUGUAUU